AUGCGAUAUACGAUUUUGGAAACUGAUUUUCUAGUGGCUGCUUUCUGUCUGACCCUGUCAACAACCUCGUUGGACGUAGAGGUGCAAUAUUUGUUGCUGGGGUCCGCGUUCACCCAAAACUGGCCUCAAUUAUUUGUCUGUCGCCUCCUACUUAGUAUUGGAAUGGGUAUCAAGGCUUCGACGACCUCGGUAUAUACCGCCGAGAACGCUCCUGUAUAG